AGUCUCGUCGUCUCGUAGUGCAGGCGUGCAGGCUUGGAGUGAAAAUGUCACAUAUUUUAGUCCGAUGGCUGUCGGAGGAGAAAUGGGAUGUGUACCCUACACGUGUCCUUGUGGACACAGAGCUAGGGCUACGUCUGAUGGCGGAGCCCAGCGCCAUCAAGGACCUGCGGGGUUCUGUUGUCUUGGUGAGAUGGAGCGCGGAAGAGCCGCCUGCAGAGGCGAUGUUGAUCGAAGCAGGGCAGCACAGUUCUCUUGAAAAAAAGAGGACUCGGCUUGCUGACCAGGCCGACACUGCAUCGUCCCAGCGGACGCCUAUGGAGGAGCUCCAGGCAGACAACGCUGCCCUCAAGAAGGGAAACUCAACCCUCGAGGAGGAAAAUGCUGCCCUCCGGGUGGAAAACGAGAGACUUCAGCUUGCUGUCCGAGAGCUUGAAGCAGUGAUUGAUGCCACGGGGAUGGUAAAGCGGCUUCAUCGCAUGCUACGGGCACAAGAAGCCGACCAGGUGCGGCAAGCUGGUCAGGCAGCUGCAGCAGCUCUAAUACCGGCAGCCAUGACCGACAUCGGAUGUGGUGUACUGGUGGAGUCGUCGACGCUACAAGUGCUCCGCAAGGCCGCCAAGUCUUCUGGCUGUAAAUUCGCUCGAAGCCUUGUAAAGGUACUUUUUCCAAAUGACUCAUGGAAGGAAAAGUCCCUCCAUGGGCGUAGAAGUAAUGCGCACAAGGACAUUGAUGCAAAAGAAGCCCUGGACCCGACCAUCGUAAAGGCCAUACUAGCAGUGGCUGCUCUGCCUUGGCUGUCAGAGGUCCACCAAUUCUGUAUGAACCAGGACUCGCCCUUCAUCAAACAGAAGAAAUAGCUCAAAGGUUAAGUUAAGCACGGGGUACACCUGCAUGGAAUUUGAUGUGCAAUUGACUGCACUCACAAACAGCCUCUCCUCAAUGCUGGCGCGGGGCGUGUGAAAGUGUGUGAAAUAAAGUCAUUUGGAUCAUUUCA